UCGACCUUGGAAAGAUGGAAGGCUGGGCCAACCUUGAGCAGGCAAAGAGAGCAGACAUGAUGUACUACCUUCAUGGAGCCAUUGCUUAUCCACUUCCUGCCUUCCCAUCCCUGGGGUACAACCUGCAGCCCCCUCAACAAACACUGGAGGGUUAUACUUUGCCUUCGACUCCUGGGACUCAGCCCUCUGCUUCCUGCAGGGUCCUCACGGCAGACCAUUUGGCAGCCCUGUUGCUGGACCUGCCCUAUGGACACUCCCAGAAACGACGGAGGAGCCGUACAGCUUUCACCGAAGAACAAUUGGAGGCUCUGGAGAACACUUUCAAAGAGACCCAUUACCCAGAUGUGAACACUAGGGAGCGCCUGGCCAUGUCUGCCAACCUACCUGAAGCUCGAGUUCAGGUAUGGUUCAAAAAUCGCCGAGCAAAAUUCCGCAAGGGCCAACUUGGCUUGGCAAAGAAACCAAGGUCAAUUGCUUUCCUAGGGACAACUGGGGAAGGAAGAAGACAAAAUGCCGAACAAUGGUGCCGUGUGAAGAUGUCUUGGAUCCAACCAGCCUCGGUGACCAGAGUGCUGGAAAGAAAACAGUGUGUGGUGUCCAUUACAAAAGAGAGCAUGACUACUUUUCCAUACUACUUCCCAGGGGACAGUUCAACAUCUCCUGGCAUUUUUCCCUCCCUUGGCCCAACAUUACUCUGCAAAGAGCUCCAGAAAAGUCAGGAUUUAGGAUUGUGCUAUGGAUCAACCUGGCUCUUGCCAGCUUAUUGGCCAACUGCAUAGUUGCAAACGCCUGUUUUUCCAACAUGUGUGUAGAGAUAGUUUAAUCCCUCCCCAUCGGCUAUGAGGCCCAGCCCUUCAGCACCUUUAGAUUUGUCAUUAGAUAAUAUAUGAAGCUCAUCACACCCACACAGCAAAAUGGGAAAGGCAAAUUAGAAAGAUACAAAAGGGAUGGUUUGGAAAGGCCAUCUGGGCAAGGAAAAGCAACAGUGGUCUUCCCUAACUUGGAGUCAUCCAGAUGUGUGGGCCAGUAGAUGGGUUGGAACUGCUGUCCCAUUACUUCUGGACCCAGAAGCCCAAGAAUAUGCACCAGCCAACUUGAGAGGGUAUCUUCAUGAAUCCCAUCCUGGUGGUAAUAUUGUCCAUUCACCCUCUGAUCAGUCAACUAACUCACCAUCCUAUAAAACAGAGGCAUCCAACCUUGGCAACUUUAAAAUCUGUGCACUUCAACUCCCAGAAUUCCCCAGAUAGCGUGGCAGGCUGAGGAUUUCUCUGGAUUGAAUCCACAGGUCUUAAAGUUGCCAAGGCUGGAUAACCCCGUUAUAAAGAUUUGUUUUGAGAGAAACCUAGUGAGUUUACCAGAUCCAGAAAGACAAACACCCUGAAAGACUUUAAGUCAGGGGUUCUCAACCUUGGCAACUUUAAGACUUGUGGACUUCAACUCCCAAAAUUCCUCAGCCAGCAAAGUGCCCACCUUUCUCUUAAACAAUUCUAAACAAUUCUCUUAAACAAUUCUAAAAAAAAAAAAAAAAGAGGGGGGGGGGGAGAUUGGCUAAUAUGCCUGAAGACAAAAUGUUAAUUAUAUAACCUAAUGUAUCUAUAGCAUCCUAUAAUUACAAUUGUAGCCCUAUGAACAGCUUACUAUACUAUUCCCCUUAAUUCUUGUACUAUGGUUUUAUGGCUGAAAUAUCUUCUAUAGCAGUAGUUCUCAACCUGUGGGUCGGGACCCCAUUUGGGGUCGAACGACCAUUUCAUGGGGGUCGCCAAACAACGCAGUCUGC